AUGGCAAGAUGCUACAAUCUUGCCUCCACGGCGAAUGUCUUGCAGUAUCAGCAUCAAACCAUGAAAAUUGCUUUCCAAAUGCUCGAAUCUCUCAAAGAUAUAUUCAAAGAGAAGAAUCAUGCUGCAAAGAAGACUCCCAUGAAAGCCCUUUUGAUCACCAAAAUGGAUGAAGAAUCUUCUAUCAGGGAACAUGUAUUGAAGAUGAUGAGUUAUUUGAAUGAGCUGGAGAUACAUGGUGCUACCAUUGAUAAUGAAUAUCAGAAAUUAUUGAAUGAACUGACAGUGGAAGAAUCUAUUAUCAAACAACAAGCUCUUUCUGUGGCAUUCAUGGUGGACAAACCUAUCGCUUCCUCUUCUAAGCCAGUAAAAGCCCAAAAGAAAAAGAAGAAGAUCUGCUAG